AAAACAAACGCCAGUGCCCCGUGUGCACACUGAGUCCAGCACCAAUCUGUGCGGCGUCCUCGCGGCUGGCUGUCUCCCGCAGCACACGAUGAACUUUUAUGGAGGGGGCGGGGAGUGCAGAACCACAUGCAAGCGAAACCCAACAUCCUUCUCCUCCUCAGUGUCAUGUCAAAAGCCAGAUAAGAGCCAAAGAGGAGGCUGGGCGAGGAGUGCGCCACGCAGCCGCUCGGAGAACCACCCUCCGGCUCAUUCCGGAGCGGGUCACGCCUGGGCACCACCGCAGCGUCUCUCCCCCCACAGGACCCACCGCGCGAAAGUGUGCUGAAUUACGUACUGGCAUAGGUGCCAAGAUACUUUCUGACUGCUUUCUUGGACUCGAGGACCUGGAGAAGCACUUGGCUCCUGAGUCUCCAGAGUACCACAGGGGCGGUGCAGGGACCUGCCUGCAUCCGUUCUUUCUCAUGAACCACCACGCUCAAUGACCUUAGAAGGUCACUUCCAUUUUCCUCAAGUACCACACCUCUGUUUCUGAGACGAGAGUUCUUCAUUCUCCACUUAGCAAGGUCAUGGAGGAUCUAGAGGAAACAUUAUUUGAAGAAUUUGAGAACUAUUCUUAUGCCCUGGAAUAUUACUCCCCAGAGGCUGAUUUGGAGGAGAAAGUCCACCUGGGAAUUGCUCACUGGGCCUCCCUGGUGCUAUACUGCUUAGCAUUUGUGCUGGGCAUCCCAGGAAAUGCCAUCGUCAUUUGGUUCACGGGAUUCAAGUGGAAGAAGACAGUCACCACUCUCUGGUUCCUCAACCUGGCCAUUGCGGAUUUCAUCUUUCUUCUCUUCUUGCCCCUGUACAUCUCCUAUGUGGCUAUGAAUUUCCACUGGCCCUUUGGCAUCUGGUUGUGCAAAGCCAAUUCCUUCAUUGCCCAGUUGAACAUGUUUGCCAGUGUGUUUUUCCUGACGGUGAUCAGCCUGGACCGCUAUAUCCACUUGAUCCAUCCUGUCUUAUCUCAUCGGAACCGAACCCCAAGGAACGCCCUGAUUGUUAUUAUAUUCGUUUGGCUUUUGGCUUCACUAAUGGGUAGUCCUGCCCUCUACUUCCGGGACACUCUGGAGUUUGAUAAUCACACUCUUUGCUAUAACAAUUUCCACGAGCACGACCCUGACCUCAUUGAGAUGAGGCACCACGUUCUGACCUGGGUGAAAGUAAUCAUUGGCUACCUCUUCCCUUUGCUGACAAUGAGCAUUUGCUACUUGUGUCUCAUCUUGAAGGUGAAGAAGCGAAGUAUCGUGAUCUCCAGUAAGCAUUUCUGGACCAUCCUGGCUGUGGUCACGGCCUUUUUGAUUUGCUGGACUCCUUAUCAUCUGUUUAGCAUUUGGGAGCUCACGAUUCACCACAAUGGCUCCUUCCACCAGGUGCUGCAGGCUGGAAUCCCCCUCUCCACCAGCUUGGCGUUCCUCAACAGUUGCUUGAACCCCAUCCUUUAUGUCCUAAUUAGCAAGAAGUUCCAAGUGCACUUUCGGGCCUCGGUUGCUGAGAUUCUCAAGAACACCCUGUGGGAGGUGAGCUGCUCUGGCACAGUGAGCGAACAGCUCAGGAGCUCUGAGACCAAGCAUGCACAUCUCCUGGAGACAGCCCAGUGAAUUGUUCCUCUCCCACAGAUCAGUAGAAGGCGCUUGUGUGGGUCCCCGUACACACAGUUUCAGCUUAUCCGGUUGCAAGAUACAAGACCUUAUCUUUUUGUUGUUUUUGGUCAGUUUAUCGGCAUCACACUUUUGUGUGAAUAUAAAACUUAGGAAGGAUCUUCAUUGUUUUCCCUGCAACUUACAUUAUCUGUGUCAUUCUUGCUAAUCAUACUAUAGUGGAUUAAUCAACACAUUAUUUUUUCAAUUUUAAUAAUUUUUUAAAAGUCCCAAAUCUUAAAUAUAUGACUAAUUUCAAAAAAUGUUAAAAUGUUUGCUUAAGAUCCUUUCAUUUUCAACAAGUAACCUAUCAGACAUAUUCUUAAAGUGCAACAUAUGUACUCAAUUCCUUUAUUUCAUGUAAUCUGUGUACAUACAUUUAUGAAUUAAAGCAAUAGUUGGUUAUAGUAGUUUAAAACAUUGUUUCAGUUAACUAUUAAUGCUUAGUUACCUGCCCCAAGAUCUAGUUACUUAAAACAAGAAUUUAUUGUUAGACUUCACAAUUCCGAGGUCAGAAAUUCAAGCAGGGCACAGAAGGGAGGGUGGUCUCUCUGCUUCACGAUGUCUGGAGUGUCAGGGGGACUGGGGUGACCUCAAGGGCUACAGUCUGAACAGCUGGGGACCAGCUGAGCAGCACUCUCCCCUCCUCUCCCCCUUCCUUCUCCUCCUCUCCUUCUCUCCUCUUUACUUUCCUCUUCUUUCUCCACACAGGUACUCUGGCAUGGCCCCUCAGGGUGGCCAGACUUCUUAGAUGGCAACUUAGGGCUCCCAGAGACCAAGGUGGACAUUUCUAGUCCUCUGAAAGGCUAUGCCAGACCCUGGCACAGUGUCACUUCCACCAUAUUCUGUUGGUCAAAGCAGUCACAGGUCAGCUCAGAUUCAAGGGGAGGGGACAUGAACCCCAGUUCUCGAUGGGGACAUACUCCCAUCUCUAAUCCCCCACGGUAUCAUUAUAAAUAGAAAUGUUCUUGGAAAAUUUUGGGUAAGUGCAAGUAUGUGUAAGAUGGCUAUAAAAAUGAAACAUUGACAUCCAGAUAGUAGGUAGGUCAGCCCAAUCUUAGAAUGAUUUGAGAAAAAGCAAGCAUGUAUGACAUUGAUGUAUUUCCAGCUUCUGUUCCUGUAACUAUGGACACCAGUAUAAGACCAGUAAAGUACACCUUUAAGUCAGUGACCUCUUCAUGGUGCAAAUCUGUUGCAUUUUAGACUGUAAAGCAUUUGACCCCUAUUCAUUUCUCCCUUUACCAAAUAGAUGAGCACCUAAGAGGUACACAGAACCAUAGGAGAGAGAUGCCAAAACGCUUGGGGUAUUUACAUGUUAGACAGUGAGUCACACCCACACAAAAAGGAUUCUAGAACAAAGGGACAGUAAUAAGUGCCAAGAGAGAGCCAGGAAAAGUGCAGGUUGUUCAGAAAGGGAGAUGGCAUGCAGUUGGAGGUGAAGAAACACUGUGAAUUUGUGUCCUGCCUCCGGGGUUCCCUAAGGCCCCUGCUCCUGCCCCCCGUCUCCUCUGGGACCCUUGUAUGCAUUCAAACUCUGCUAUCACUGUAAUUUUUAAAACAUAUUUAAUUUUCUACAAUUUCUCAAUUUUAUUUAGAAAGUUGUGAGGGGAGCCAUGUUAUUUUUUGAAUCGGUAUCCUUUUUUAUUUCAUCUCCUAGUUUUUGGAAAUGCUAAAAUCAGAUCAUUUAUUGGCUAUGUUCUUUACUGUUAGCCCCAUGCAACAACUAGACCUGGUUUUGGGAAUUAUUCCAAGAAAAUGGGUGGCAUAGCUCAGCAUAUCCCAAACUUCUGUCAUUCCCAAACUUUAUGGUUUCUGCCAAAUCCAGGACGGGGUAGAGAAGGCAGGAGAAAGGAUCAUCGUGAGUUUCUGGCUUCUGAACAGCCCUUGAAUGUGCCCCCUCCACCAGCAGGGUUCGAGAUGUUCCACUCUGUGUUCCCGUUGGCCCUUGUUUCCCAGAAUCAAGAGAAAAGCUGGAGGAUCCAUGACAGAGGUUCCGUGGGCUCAUCCUUAGUUUGGGCAAAGGGGGAGACUCUCAAGGCUGACAGAGAAGGAGGAAGGCUGAGGAGCAGGAAGAGGAGGAAGCCACCAAGGGCAGGAGGAAAUGACAGAGCAGGUGGUGUUCCAGAAGCUGCACCUCAGGGCGGCGCUCGCUUCCUGGCCUCUGUGGGUCAGGGAGCAGGUGGAGCUGCUUUUCUCAUUCCACUCAGCAGGCACAGCAUCCUGGCCUGUGAGUUUUCAAGGGCCGAUGAAAAUAUUUGACUUCUUAAAAAAUAUUAUUGGCUCUAAAAUACAAGAAGGAAGCCUGAAAAGUCACAAUUAAUAAAUACUUAAUUACAUGCCUACAAAAUAUGCCUUUAUAUCAGUUAAUCAAAUGAAGUAUUUUGUAAUUAUAUAAAAACUCAUAUACUUAUAUAAUAUGGGAUUUCAAUAUGUUUCCAUGUUUGAUAUGAGGACUGGGGCUUCCAAAAAAGAAAAAUGCCUUAAGGUCUAGAAAGGUCUUAGAGGAACUCUGAAUUCAUUUGAGAAUCCAAUGAAAGUAAUGGGUCCUUACCCCAGAAAAAUGCUUUUAAACAAUACUUCAGGGAGUCUUUAGACCCCAGACUAAGAAUUCCAGUUUCAGUGCCUUUUAACACAGCUGAUAGUGGGCAUGUAACAGGAACCCACCAGGAGAAAGUAGCAGCUGGUGCGGGCAACCUCCCAGCAGAGAGUGGAGUAAAUGUUUCUCAGCUUCAAGGAAGGGCUUGGCAACAGCAAGCCUCGCCCAGCAGCUGGAGUCUCCAGCGGUGUAAGGACCCAGAGCAGGAUGAUGACUGAAAGGACAGAGGGGAUGGAGAGGGGACGGGCAAGAGGGACGGGGGAGGAAGCGAGGGAGGGGAGUGAGGAUCCCCAGGUUCCCAGUGCCCGGGCCAGCCUCAGGGAGACAGAUGUGUCUCCUCCUCAAUAGGAGGCAGCUCUUCCAAACAAAGGGCAAGCCCCAGGGCUCCCGAGGCAGGGUACCUGGAUUUCAAUCACGGCCCCACUAGCUCUCAGGCCUGUGGCUUUGGUAAAUUAAUUCACAUUUCUAUACCUGUCUUCCCUGUCUGCAAAAUGCCUAUAGCAAUAGUAGCACCUGCCACAUAGGGUCACCGUGAAAACUAAAUGAGCCGAUGCAGGUAAAGCACUUAUACAGCGGCGCUUAGCCCUACAAAUACCUGAUAGAUGUCACCCAGCAUUACUCAGUGAAACUGCCAGCACCUUCUGACCCAGGACCACUCAGUAAAUGGGAGAUCCCUCCCUCCUCUUGAAUGAACGUGGCAUCUCAUAGGAAGAACAAGGGAACGACACUAAAAACGAGUUUAUAAGUGCUAUAAAGAGUUACAGGCUGGUAGGCUGCAAGGGGCAAGAAGGAGCAGAAUCAAAGUCUUCUCGAAAGAGGCAUGUGAACUGCAUCUUGAAGAAUGGCCACAAUUUUACCAAGUGCCGCUGGGAAGAGGCUGUUUCAGGUAGGUGGCACAGCGAGAGCAAAUGUUCAGAGGUUGGAAAACACUGGCUGUGUUCACAAGAGUCCAGUCUCAUUUGUGCCAUGGGGACAAAGCGAGGACAGAAGACUCACAAGUUAGUGCCAGGCUGAAUAGUACUCCAGUUCUUCAGUAUUCUCCCACAUGGCAGUGCCGCUUUUUAGGGUGCAGUCAGAAGUCUAGGGACAUUUCCCUCUGAUUUUUACUUUACUGAAUGCCAUUCAAGCCAAUGACAUUCCAAAUAACAGAUUCUUAUUGGGGACGUUUCCCGAAUGCAACUCUUAUCAUCCAUGCAGAGCAGCUAACGGGAGAAUGCCUGUCAAUCAGUCUCAAUUUCCAUUUUAAGUCUACCCCUUACGUGACAUUACCUUCUCUCAUUUAUUGAGGGCAUGAAGCAAGGGUCACAUUGAAGGAACAGGAUUUAAUUUUCUAAAGGCAGGGAUGAAAAACUUUCCCAUUUGAUUGCCAGCACAUUGUCCAGCCUAUGAAGAGCUGGGUCCUAGUUCCUCCUCUCACUCACUAGGUAAACACCCGGGCAAGUCGUCUUGCAGAGUCGUUUCCUCAUCUGCACAUGGCGAGGACAGCGUCUGCUUUGUUCAUCUCACAGACUUAUAGUGGGGGCAAAUCAGACAACGGGUAUGAGGCAUAUAUUGUUUUACUUUUUUAUUUUAAGGACAGUAAUUGCCAGUGCCAAAUUGCAUUUGUUUGGAAAAAUAUACAUAAAUGCAUCUUUAAACACUAAUGCAACUCUUUGUAUUUGUGUCUGCCUAUAAGCAUAUCUUUUCAUAGUAAUAGUCAAUGAAAAAUCAAGAGUUUUUCAAUUUGCUAUAGUCUCCAUUACU